AUUUUGUGAUGGAUGGAACUAAAGUAGAACUUUGAGCGGCCCUCAGGAGCAGCAAGCCACUACACCUGGAACCUUUCAAGGCCCUUAGAGCCUAAGUGGCAAUGGCGCUCUUAGAAAGUAGUAAGAAAAGAAAACUACUAUGGACCAUAUUCAUGAAGCCAUUUUGUGGUCAUGGCAGAAUUUAUAACUCUGUAACCAUGGUACCUGAAUUAGAAAAUGCUGGUUCUCCAACACAGAAUGAUGUUGAAAGAAUACCCCAAAAAGCACAAGAAUGGCUUCACAGAAGUGAACAUAACCAGCCACAGGUAGAAGAAAGGAAAAAAUUGGAAAGAAAUGACUUUGGAGUACCAGAAGACUUGUCUGAGUGUGCUGCUGCUGCCCAUGAUUGUGAUGAUGGAGGAUUCAUCCCUCAGAGGAUGAGUGGACACCCUGCUCACCAGCAACUUCCUAACAAGGAAGAAGGAGAGUUGGAGAAACAGUUAAGAAGAAUAAAAGAACAGUAUCAUGAAGAAGUAGAAGGAAACCAACAAUUGGAACUGGCACUUAGCACACUAAAAAUGGAAUUCAGUACUUUGAAAAAUGAUUUAAAUCAGGUAAGAGAAAAGCAAAACAACAUCCACAGGCAUCUCUCUGGACAAGAGAAUAUAAGAACACUGCAAGAUGAAAUGCAGGUGACUCACCUUUGCCAGCAACAGGAAGUAGAUACUGCUGCCCAGGAAAGAGAUGAUGAAAUACAGGCAGGUGUAUGUUUUCAUAUGUGUAAAAAUUUAUACAGCUGUAUGAAUCAUGGGGAAUACAGAACAUUUUAA